UUCAUCAUAGUGAACCGUUUCAGAGCUCCUACCCACAGACCCAAGUCAAAUGCUGAGGCGCGUAACAGUGGAAGUUCGCAGGUAUGAGCGCGCGUUUCGGUCUUCGCUCUGAGCUUUGAAAUAGGCUACUUCUCGACUUCAACGCGUUAUGCCUUCCGAAAUUUUGGUUGGAGACGGGGAAGGACAGCAGGAUGGAGAACAAGGCGACUGACGUCUGUAUGGACUGAAGACAAGAGCGCGCUAUGGAGAUGACCGCUCGCCUCGCGCACUUGGACACCAAGGUGGAUGGCAGAAACUGUGAUGGACUUGUCAACCAUAACGGGGAAACGACUGAGAUAAGAGUACCGCUGUCUCACACGGGGAAGAGACUCGGUCCGAUCGAGGGGGGGAAUCUUUACAGACUGCGUGACAGAAAGUUCCUUCUGGAGGACAAGAAGCGCCUCUGCGCGUGGGCACUGGGAGCCGCGCUGUUAGGCAUUUUGCUGAUGGUAUUACAUGCUGAGCUGUGCCCACUAGUGUAUCAACCAGAAUCCAUUUAUGCCCUCUCCAUAAAUGGUCUCAUCAGUUUCUCCACGGGUUGUUUGCUCAUUCUCAUCAUCGCCUUCCAUUAUAAAGACAUCAGACUUUUUAUCAUUGACCACAACCAGGUGGACUGGCGCAUUGCCAUGACCAGUAACCGGGUGCUUGGCAUCUCCCUGGAACUCGUUGUCUGUGCUAUCCAUCCCGUGGCAAUCUACCUGAGGCCAGAUAUGGGGGACAGACUGGCGGGGGAGCCAGAGCAAAAUUCCUCUACCCCCCUCUGCUUGUCCUCGAGUCACAAAGAAGUCAUGCUGGAUGUGGAGCUGCUGCUGUCGGCCCUCAUGUUCCUGAGACUGUAUCUCGUGCACAGAGCCGUCCUGCUACACAGCAAGGUGCUCCUCAGCGCCUCGUACAGGAGCAUCGGCUCCCUCAACAACAUCAACUUCAGCUUCCGCUUUGUGCUCAAGGUGCUAAUGAACAAGUAUCCGGCCCGCACGCUGCUGGUCUUCAUUAUGUUCUUCUGGCUCUCCGCAGCUUGGAUGCUGCGACUGUGUGAAAGGCAGCAACAGGUAGAGACAGGUGGCAUGGACACAGCAUUGUGGCUGAUAGCCAUCACCUUCCUCACAGUGGGAUAUGGAGAUGUGUACCCUCACACCAGCUGUGGCAAGUUGGUGUGUCUCUUCACAGGUGUCAUGAAGACAAAGACUCCUACUGUUUCACUGAGCUCCAUUUCUUUAGUUUAGUAAAGAAAUACAUUUUGUUUAGCAUUAUAACAGGAUGUUGUAUAUGCAUUGUUAGGUAGCUCUCGACUUUGAUUUUAAUAGUCGCAAAUGUGACAAUAAUUUAGCCUGAAAACUGUGUGUGCUUUAGUCAGCUAUAUUGGUGUACAGUAUAUGUAUGUAAUAUUUCAUAACAACAACAAAUACAGCGUGAGCCAUGAUGAUGUGAAAACUUACUCUUAUGUUCGUUUUAUUAAAAGAGAUUCAAAUUUGCUCAUGAGCUUGUGCUUUAAAUCAGAAUCACUAUGAGUCAUUUUUCAGUUAACUGUAACUAUGCCAUAUACUUUAGAUGUACAUUUUACUGACCCGUUGAUCACAGGAUAACCUAUAAUUAAAGAUGCAUAUUCACAACAUAGUUCAGUUAAAUAAUACCGGUCUAAGAAUGCUUGUAUGUGGUUUGUAAGUCAUUUGUCUCUUAAAUGACACCUUGCUGCACUGGUUCCACUUCAUCACACUUAAAGCUUUGUGACUGAUUUAUAAGAUCCACGUCCAUCUGGACACAUUUUUUGUACAGUCACAGCUGUUCUUCCACCCUUCCUGACAGCGGCACUCAGUGAUGCUGUGCAAGCAGGCCCUCUGAAGAAGGAUGAAGAUUACGAUUUAAAUAGAAUCAUAGUCUCAGUCUGUGACUUCUUUCAGCUAUUCAGUCGCAUGAUUAAUAAACACGGUCAUCUGAAUAAAUAAGUUGCAUUUGAAC